AUGAGCGCGCAGCAGGAAGAUCGCGAUGGUGACUUACGCGCCCGGGAGUUGUUCCAUUAUUUUCAACCAGACAAUCCGGCCCUGGUGCCGAUCGCUCAGCACACGACUCGAUCAUGCGAAAACCCCACUAUUCAAAAAAGAAGUCCAAAUCUGGUGUUGACGGCCCUAGCACAAUUAGCCGCAUUGAAGCUGGGGGUUCAGCGCUGUGUUAUCAGUCUGAUUGAUCGGGAAACACUUUACGUGGUAGCGGAGGCGUCACGGUCGCUGGAUUUGGCAAACAACGACCGACAUGACGGAAAUGGCGAUGGUCUCUGGGUAGGCUGUUCGCGAGGACCCGUUGCGGGAACUUUGUGCGAGAAAACCAUUACCUUAAAGCCCCCGGACGGGAAGCAUGCGUUCUUCGUCGUCAACGAUUUAAAACAGCAUCCAACCUUUUCCAGUUUGCCUUGCGUCCUAGAAGAUCCGUAUUUCCGGUUCUACGCCGGUACACCACUGAGAACCGGCAAUGGGAUCAAUAUUGGUAGUUUGUACGUGAUUGAUCCUCGCCCCGAUCACCGUUUGGAUGAGUCCCACAAAGAAACACUUGGAAAUAUCGCGGAUGCGGUGAUGGAGUAUCUGGAGACUUCUCGGCAGUCAUUAGAGGCUAAGCGCUUGACAAAGCUAUUGACUGGCUUAAAUACAUUUGUGCAAGGCACGGCCAAUUCGGAUACGUUGCGUGACUUAACAAGGCACAGCCUAGGCCAACCGGACUUUCACACAUCAUAUUCAUCAGGCGACCAGAGAACUCCUGACACCGAGGCCGGGGAAUAUAUAUUCAGGACCAGAAGCAGAAGCCCAUCACUAGUUUCAUCGGCUCAGCCGAGUAGUGACGAAAAUUCUGAUGGUGUGCCUUCUGGCUCCAUUCCAUCCGCAACCCGCAAACGUUUACCAAGAUCGAAAAUAGAAACGUGCCCAAAUUUCAACAAUAAUAGAGCACAGUGGACCUUUCAGUGUGCUGCCAACAUCAUGCGAGAAAGCUUGGAUCUGGGUUCAAACGGUGGUGUCGUCAUCAUGGGCACCGGCGAAGAUAUCGACCGUGAUACUUCCGAUAGCCCAGACAGGAAACGGGAGAAAAAACUGGCCAAAUUAUGGGCGGUAUCAGAUACCAAUGAUCAGCCCUAUGAAACCAGGGAAAAAUUCGAUUUAUAUCCAGCAUCGCAAAUGGAAUCAAGUUUUGUACGCAGAAUGAUACGACAUCACCCGCGCGGGGGAUUAUGGUAUUUACACUACGAUGGAGGAGUCUUUUCUUCCGAUGAAGAUGGAAUCAGCUCAGGGAGCCUGAAUGAUGCUCGGGACCCUUCCAAACCUCCACCGUCGGUGCAUCCAGAGUCGCUCAGAUCAUUGCGCGAGAAGGACCUUCAGUCGAUAAAGAAAAAUUUUCCCAACGCAACGAGGAUUAUCUUCGCUCCACUCUGGGACUCUCUCAAUUCACGAUGGUUCGGUGGCGCUUUUUGUUGGAGUCGAUCGGAGACUCGAGUGUUCAGUGCACAUGUCGAUCUGGGUGGACUGUUCGGAUUUGGCUCGUCCCUAAUGGUCGAACAUAGUCGUAUUCAGAGUCAAGACUCGGCUAGGCAAAAAGGUGAUUUUAUUAGUACCAUGUCACAUGAAUUACGAAGCCCACUACACGGCAUCUUAGCAUCUAACGAAUUACUCUUAGGUCACGUGGAUUCGGAAUUUGCUAAACGGCUUCUUGACACUGUCCGUGCUUGUGGUCAAACCCUUCUUGAAACUUUUGAGCAGAUCUUGGAUUUCACCAAAAUCAACUCUUUUGAGAGGGAAAUACCGAGAUCUCGCUCGCCUCAUCAACGUCCCCAACGUGAUCGGCUGCAGUCGCAGUCAUUACACAUCGUCAAGCUGGUCGAUGUCGUUGCAGUCGUUGAAGAAGCUUUUCAAAGCGUCUUCUCUGGACAGGUCCUAUCAGGUAUCAUGAACGGAGGCAGUGCAUCCGCCCGGCUAUGGCAAUUGGAUCCAAUGGAUGACACCAUGAAAGGAUCGCAGACCACCGAUGGCGAACAAGUGGACGUGUUUCUCGAUGCUGCGCCCCAGGAUUGGCUCUAUGUGUUGGAGCCAGGUGCUUUGAGACGCAUCGUUAUGAAUGUGUUCGGAAACGCGUUGAAGCACACGGAAGCCGGGUCUGUUUCGAUCCAUGUUGAGACUCAGACGUCAAAGAACGACUGCCCAGUGCUCCUGAUGACAGUUUCUGAUACGGGCAGGGGCAUUUCAAAUGAAUACCUUCGUUCAAAUGUUUUUACCCCAUUUUCUCAAGAGAACCCUAUGUCACCGGGCGCAGGGCUUGGUCUGUCACUCGUUCGAGGAAUACUUCGUUCGCUGGGUGGAGGCAUUACAAUAAAAAGUCAACUCGGCGUCGGUACUGUGGUGAAGAUAACCUUCCCUCUUACAUACCCGCAAGAGCACAAACUUUCUGAAACCGAAUCUCCUUUUCCAGGCUUGUCAUCGCCCGCUAUGAAUUCUAUCCAAGAUGUCACCACAAAGCUUGAAGGGAGCAGGGCAUUCUUUUACCCCAUUGACAAUUUUCAAUCCGGCAAGCCGUCAUCAUCUCACAUGAUCAAACAAUAUUUGACCACAUGGUUCGGCAUGGCAAUUGGAAAUCAGACUGUGCCUACCACUUCGGACCUAGUGGUUGUUGACGAGCGUCAUUUGGAUCAACUCCCAGAUUCGUAUCGUCAAGCCCUACUUUUGGUCCUGUCUCAUAAAAGUCCUGGCCCAUGGUCAGCGGUGGCUCCGACGAAAGAGCACCUGAGCAACUCAAUAUGGCUUACUCUCCCGUGCGGGCCUCACCAACUAGCCAGGACACUUAUUGGCUCUCUUCAGAACUUGCAGUCAAACAAAACCCCUACGCACGGUAGCGCAGCCAGAAUUGACCAGAGCUACCCGAGUGUGGAAUCAAAAUCAACUGAUAUGCGGACGAAAACGCACCUCCCUCCGCAGCAUGAAAUACGACUCGAGUCGACGAACCCAUCUUCGUUGGUCACGUCGUCUAUGCCAAAUGAAGAAAACAUGAAGUCCACUAUCACGGACCUUGCACUGCCAGUUCAUAUUCAGGAAGAUAUCCAGAAGCCCCAAGAUUCCUCCGUGUGUGAAAUAAAAGACGGCUUUCGAAUCCUCUUGGUAGAGGACAAUGCUAUAAACCUUGCACUCCUUAAAAAGUCCGUUGCAAGUUUACCAACGCAAGUCUUGCACUGCGCUGUAAACGGCGCAGUCGCCGUUGAACUAGUGCAGAAAAUGCCGCAAGGUUAUGAUUAUGUCUUUAUGGACCUGUCCAUGCCUGUUAUGGACGGAUUUGAGGCAAGCAGAAAAAUUCGAUUAAUAGAGUCAAAGCGGCAGACGUUUCCUGCACAUAUAAUUGCUCUCACCGGCCUCGGAUCGGAUGAACAUAUAUCGAGAGCCUAUGCGGCAGGUGUUGAUGUCUUCCUCCGAAAACCGGCCUCUCUCAAGCAAAUAAUGGCCGUGCUGGUGGAGAGAGAAAGGUUGAAGUCAUUCCCAGCCUAA